CAAAUCAAAAUAACCGAUGCGACGGGCAGCGUAUUGUGUCUGAAAGCGUGCAGUGUUCAGUGUGAUCGUGUGGAGUGUACAUCUUUUCCCUCGCAACAGCGGGGUACGAGUUGUGGAAGGAGAAUCAUAAAGUGGAGGAAUGCAGAAACGUUGACCAGUGCAACGGUCGUUGUGGUUUCUUAUUACGCGUUUUCAAAACGUGACAAUUUUGCGGAGUGAAUUUUUUAAGAGAGAGUUUGUUGAUUUAAGAUCAGAUAAACAUACGAUACGUCAAUAUGUCCUUUUCGAAAGCGAAGAUACAACGGUUUAACGAACUUGGAAGUGAAGCACCUCCGCCAGGCGCUUAUGAUCCGAAAUUCGACAAUAAAGUAAAAGGACUAGUUAUUGAAAAGUCUGACAGAUUUUUAGAUACUAAAAGUUUGUGUAGUUCAGAAUGUAAUGCAUCAGUUGCAUCGGCAAAGAGCAAUGGUACUACUAUGUCAACUCCUCUUUUUCGAACGCCUCAAACAUCUCGGAAACAGUUAGUCACGAAACUGAAUUGUCCUAAAUCAAAAAAUGAUCACACAUCUUUAGUAAGAAGUCAGAACAUGAAAUAUGAAUCUAACCAGCAACUUGCGGAUCUACGAGUAGAGUGUUUGAACAAGAAUAAGACUAUACAGGAACAUGAGAAGCACAUCGAGGAAAUGAAAGACAAUGUGCAGAAAUUAGAAGCUGAAUUGGAGGAGCUGCACACGAAACAAGCUGCAAUAGAAGAGCAACACAAGAAAGAGAUGGAAAAAAUGGCUGAAACACAACAGGCUAUAAUAAAUGAUCAUGAUGACAAGAAUCAAGAACAUCUGCAGAUUCUUCGUUCUGAAUUAUUAGAAAUGUGUAAAGAAAAAGAGCAAGAAAUUUCAUUGCGGAAAGUAGUGGAAGCGGAACUUAAAAAUCGUACAUUUGAAUUAUCAAGAAAAAUAUCAAUAUUGGAGGAUGAAUUGAGCGCCAUAAAAGAGGAGAAUAAAAUAAAGAUUGAGACUCUUGAAACACACAUCGAAGAAUUGCUAAACUCGUUAAAAACAGUAGAACGCGAUCGUGAUACCGAAAUUGGACUAUUACAAAAAGAAAAAUGUCAACUCGAGCUUUGUAUCACGGAUUUAACUCAAGAACGGUCCAAUCUUGAAGCUAAAUCAGAAAAAAAACAGAAUAUUAUUUUGGAACUUCAGGCUCAGUUAUCUGCUUUACAAUGCGAAUUAGAUGAACUUAAAACGGAAUAUGAAAAACUUGCCGAUGAUUCCAUUAAGCGAAUUUCCGAUCUCACCGACAAACACGAAAAAAAAAUUGAACAUUUGAAAGAUGUUUUUCUGAAAGAAAAGAAAGAACUUGUAAUGGAAAAUGAAACUUAUAAGGCACGUGAAUCAGAAGCGAAAACGAAGGUGAAUGAAAUGGAAAGAAGAAAUUCUUUCCUUCUGCAGGAACUAAAAGAUUUUCACAUACGUUACAGAGAUAUGAGUCAAUGUUUGCAAGAGAUUCGAGAACAAUUGGAAAUUUCAAACAAGAAUCACACUAUUACUGUGCAAAAUUAUGAGAAAGAUUUGAAAGAAGCAUUAAAUACACAUGCUGAAGAGAAGUUGAAAUUGGAGCAACUAUUGGAGGAUACCAAAGAAGAGUAUUUAAAAGAAUUGGAAAAUAUUACAAUAAUGAAAGAUAAAGAAUUAGACGAAUUCAAACAAACUUCCGCCAAAAAGGUAGAAGAAGAAACCAAGCGUGUGGCGGAACGUGCGCAAAAAAUGAUCGACAAUGCGGAGGCUGCUACAAGGGAAACAUUAGCAGCAUGUCGCGCUGAAAGCGAAGAACGGGUGAAAAAAGUGAUGGUGGAAUGCGACACGAAAGUAAGCGAGUCACAUGUCAACACUAUGAUCAAAGAUGCGCAGAGCACCGUGAAAGAUGAAAUGCGACUUGCCAUUAAAAGAUACAAAGCGUGUUUAGCUCAUAUGGAAGCAGAGCGUACUGCACUAGAUCAGAAACUUUCGCAGAAAGAUGCUGAAAUCACUAAGCUUUCCGCGACGCUUGAGGAGUUAAGAUUGUCCGCGGAAACUCAGGAAAGUUUUAGUCAAAGUUUACAAAUUGAAUUGGAUAAAGCAGAAACUGAAUUGGCGGAGAAGAAAGAAGAAUUGAGAGGUUUAAAGGAUUAUAUUAGAGCAGAAGCGGCUGAAAUGGUUGCUAGAAAGAAAAGAUUUGAAGUAAUAAUGGCAGAAAACCAAGCAUCUGUUGUCGCACUUACUAAUCGCUUGGCGCAGAGCAAUGCUGAGGUCGAAAGAUUACAGCAUGAACUGAAACGUGAUGAAGAUUGCAUACGCGAACACAGAGAUCUGCUUAGCGUGAUGCGUAAUAACUCUCAAAUGGUGCAUGAACAAGUUCAUGUCUUAAUAGAAGAAUUAAAUGCUCACAGAGAAUUGGUAGAACAAUUAGAAACUGGUAAUUUAUCCGAAUUUGAGUCGAUAAAAUCUAUUCUUGAGACAAAAAUCGAGAAUUUGAAACAAAAAGCAGCAAAGGAAAUCGCUGGACUUCAGAAUGAUUCUGAGGAAAAAUCUCUUCAAAACAAUAAGCUAAAAAAACAACUUGAUGAAAUGUCUGCAAGUCUUAAUGACGCGCAGGAUCUAUUACUUAAAUUAGAGGAACGAAAUGAUGUUCAGGCGAUCGAUAUUUCACGAAUGGAACUGACAAAUAAUAAACUGUUGGAGCAAUUAAGGAAUCAAGAGAAAGCGUUAAAAGAAAGUAAUCAAUUACUUCAAGUUCAAGCAACGCAACAUAAAACCGCUAUAGACGAGGCAAAUUCUCGGUUAGAAGAACUUUCUGAAAAAGUUAAAUUGUUCAAAGAAAAAAAAAAAUAUACAGAGGAAAAUGCUCUCUCAUUAGAGCAAGAACAAAUCAAGCGGAAAACCUUGGAAAAUACACUUACACAAAAACUUCAGGAAGAAAGAAUGCGGCGCGAAGAAGUUGAAGAGGAGGUCAAGAGAAUUACAGAAUUAAACAAUCGUCUCAAGAAGGAUUAUGAGGAAAUUAGUGAAAAAUAUGUCGAUGUAAUUGGUCACCAGAAUCCUAAACAAAGGAUCAAACACGUAACUCAACUAAAAGAGAAGAUCAUCCAGCAGGAACAGGAAUUACAUACCAAGACCAGAUUAAUCGAACAACAGCAAAAGACCAUAGAAAAGUUUAAAGCGGAGGAAAAGCGAUCUUAUUGGAAAGGCAAGGAAAAUGUAGGAAUAGUACAUUCAACACCCAUUUCUUCACCGCAUAAAACACUGACGCCGUUAAGAAGUCGAAACGAUUAAUCUUAAGUAGUAGUUAACUUCAGUAGCGUAUCUUCUGAUGCCAAUCUAGAUUGCAAAUAUUCGAAUUGACUUAUACUCGAAUAAUUUCUUAGCAAAAGAAUUAAGAAAACGUUUACCGUGAUGAUUAAUAUUAUUGUGUCGUUAUUUUAUUUGUGUCGUUAAGAAAAAAU